AUGAAGGCGCUAUCAUUGACGCCCCCGGGGCAUCGCUCUCGCGCUGUCGCGCUAAUGCUAGUGGCCACUAGCAUUUGCUAUCGCUUCGAUCACUUGGGCUCAACACCCACGUCCAGUGACCUCCCUAUGCUGGACCGCGCGACAGCCCUGUUGGAAGAGGCACUAAAGUACCGUCCCGAAGGGCACCGCGACAGGGGGGACACGCUCACCAUCCUGGCCGACAUCACGAGACAUCGCAUGCAAGUGACGUCUGGUUUCGAAGAUCGGGAAUAUUCCCUGCGACUCAGGAAAGAGACUUUGAAGGAAUGCCCACCCGGUCAUCCACAGCGACAUCAGGCUCUA